AUGAAUAAAAUAACAAUGAAGGAUGAAUCUGAAUAAACAGCCAAUUUUUUCUAUCCUCCAGAUCAAUUAGGAAAUAAAUAAAAGUUUGUGCAUUCCAGGAGAAUCUUGAAACCCAAGAAUACAGUUUCUAAUCCUUCUACUUAAUUGUAAAAUAUCUAAUUUAAUUAUGGAUUAUAGAACGAUUUCAAAGCGUAGUUCUGAUCAUUCAGGCUUACACACUCCUCCUUAGAUAAGUGAAUUGAGUAAGCAUUCAGAGAUCUUGAGAGAAUGUGAGAUGAAAAAGAAUAACAAUUAUCGAAUACUGAGUUCGAAUAUCAAUCAACGACAGAGCUAUCCUCAAUAGAUUAGUUUUAGAAAUGAAUUCUUAUUUGUAAACGAAUAGAAAAUAAAUUAAUUUGCUUAAAGUCCUUUAUCAAAGAUUAACAAACUACCUGAAAUCUUCAAUCACAGAAGCUCUUGUCAAGGGUUCAAACAGAAUUACAGAAUCCAGAGCAGUAAGAGCAAACGAGAUACGAUUACUAAUUUUACUUAUGAAUGCCCCAAACAACAAUGCGUACAGGAAUUCAUGUAACAAUUGGAAUUAAAACAAACAAUUUAGAAAUAAAAGUAAACAAAAUAGCCUAGUUAACCUAUUUCCUUUUUAUAAGCAAAACAAUAAAUGAAGAUGAUAAAUCGAAUAUUUUCAGGCAAACGGGAUUCGUGA